GGAACGUCAAUCACGGGUCGACAUACCCAAACUCCUUUUGUUUACUGUUAAGUUUAAAAUUCUCGUUUGCUCUCUUUAAGAUGACACUAUAAGAAUGGAGCUUGUGUCUCAGAGUUACUUGCACAAGCAACAUAAUUUUGAAAGUCAAGAGAGUCGUUCAAUACGCUCUGUAUUUGAAGCUAAUAAAGGCACUCUCCCCGAUGCCGGUAACCACAAAUCUUUAAAAAGUCUUAAUAACUCUGAGUGCUCUUCGAACCUUAACAGUAUAAGUACAAAAGUUAAGCCUUCAGAUUUUGAGUGCUCUUCUAUUAAACGUAAAAAAGUUAAAAAGACCAUCCCUCGGAAUAAAGUUAGUGAAAAUUACGUAAAACUGGAUUUGCGAAGAAACUUUAGACGUAACAUAAAGAAAAAAGUAUCUUUAAACAAACGUAGAAGUUACGAGCUGGCUAAGAGGGAGGGAUUAGAUGAAAACAUAAAUAUAUCCGACAUAGAUGAGUACUGUAGCGGCGUAGAAGGGAAUCUCUUUCUUGACCGCUUUAGACUUCCAGAGGAGCAAAUUGAUCCCGAAGUUUGGCAAGAAGCGGGUAUGAAUGUUGGAUUAAGUCAAGGACUACUCAAUUUGUGGGAGAAAACGGAUUCUUCUGGGGAAACUUUUUCUGAACCGCAACAUAAGUCUGUUCCUGCAGAUGAGCCACGCGGAGUAGAGACUGACCUUCACUAUGAAGAAGCUCUCCAUCAUCUCUUCGGCUUUCAGUCGUUCCGUCCCGGCCAGAAGCAGGUAAUCAAGCGCGUGAUGAAUUUUGUCUCGACGCUGCUCGUCCAACCAACGGGUGCAGGAAAGUCUCUUUGCUACCAGUUACCGGCUUAUUUGCACCAUUUGGCAAAUGGCUCCAUUGCCGUUGUGGUUUGUCCAUUGCUCUCUUUGAUGGACGACCAACUGAAGCGCCUGCCGAGGCUCUUGUCGGGCUGCACUCUAAACAGCACACAAUCGAAAGCAGAGGAGCGUAAAGUUAUAGAAGAGCUCUAUGCAGGGAAGCACCAAGUUUUGUUUGUAUCGCCGGAGCUUGCCUGCAGUGAAAAGUUUAUUAGUUUGGCACGCUCGGCAACCUUUUCGCCCAUUUCUUUUGUUUGCGUGGAUGAGGCGCAUUGCGUAUCGGAGUGGUCCCACAAUUUCAGGCCUUCCUACUGUCGUCUGGGCGCCGUUCUUCGAGAGCAGCUGCAAGUUCGUUGUGUUCUUGCCCUCACUGCUACCGCUACCGCCCGCACGCUGUAUUCCAUAUCGUCGUCCUUCCAAAUUCAGACAUCUAACGUAGUGAGGGGAUUGAUGAUACCGAGAAACUUGCUCCUAACCAUUUCCACCGAGACCAACAAGCUGCGCGCGCUGAAGGAAUGGCUUCUGCUGCCUUGCCUUCAUUACAAUGGCAGACUCGGGAGCUGCAUUGUGUACUGCACGCGCAGAGAGCAAACCGAAGAGGUGGCCUUAUUUUUGCGCAAUAAUGAAGUUGACGCAUGGGCCUACCAUGCUGGUUUGACUCCCCUGAGGCGCAGAACACUUCAACACAAGUUUAUGUCUGGUGUGAUCCGCGUGGUGGUCGCAACGAUAGCCUUUGGGAUGGGCCUGAACAAGUCAGACAUACGAGGCGUGGUUCAUUUCCAUAUACCAAAAAGUUUGGAAAAUUACGUACAAGAAAUUGGUCGAGCUGGAAGAGAUGGUGCACCUGCCUACUGUCAUCUGUUCUAUUCUCCGGAGGACCGCAUUUGGUUAGAAAGCAGAGUUUACUCGGACGCGGUGGACAGCACUACACUAGAGAGUUUUGUCGAGAAGGUCUUCUUCAUGGAUCGAACGCUUACCGAGCCGCAUGAGCAUCUUGUCUUGCUCCCGGUCGAGGCGGUUUCUCAUUCGCUCGAUUUGGAGGAAGCCGCCGUGUAUACUCUCCUUACCAAACUCGAGUUUAGCGUUGGUCAGUACAUUACGUUAUUGGCCAACCAUCAUUGUGUGUGCGUUUUGAGAGGCCCUCUCACAUCCGCGCGCUUACAUGAUGACCGUUCUGAGGCUGCCCUUUUUAUAAAAACCGUAAUGCGGACCGGCGGAGGGGCUACUUUUCUCAGCUUUGAUGUCUAUGAAAAGGCCGUCCAGCUGAAGCUUAGCGUGGUGGCUUUCCGCGAAAACUUGGUUUCAGCUUGCAAGCAGUGCAAAAUUUCUUGCGAGUUCAAGGAAAGAGCCUGGUGCUACCGGAUUAACAAGCGACCAACUCCGAGCGAGGCCAAAGAAAUCGCUGCUAAGCUUUUGGAGAGUAUUCAACAUUUGGAACUGGAACAGCUGAGAAAAUUGCAAUAUAUAUGCCGGCUGGCCGAAAAGUAUGCUGUGGAGGGAUUUUCUCGUUUGUACGAUAAAGAUCAAGAAAACCUUCGACAAAAAGUUGACGAGGGCGUUCGCGUCGACGUGCUCGAUUAUUUCCAAGAGCCCACCGGCGACACAAAGGUCAUCCCUGCAGAUCUGCAAAGCUGCACGGAGGCCGGAAUUGAGUCCGCCCGGGUAGAGGCGAGAGCUCUAUUGGUCAUGAACAGGCAAAUAAGAAGCGGAAACGCUUGCGCUAAGAUUAUGCACGGUAUCUCCACCCCUCGCUUUCCGGGAAAAUACUGGUCUAAGCAUCGCUCUUGGAGGGCUUUUCUGCAAGUCAACUUUGUAAAUUUAUCAAGAAUCGCAGAGGAAGAGUUGGCAGCUUUGCGCGCUGCUCAGUCAUUCUUAUAAUUACUUAGAUAUAAUUUCAUAGCAAAGCCGCUAUAUAAAAAGCAAAUGCUCUGUGCUUGUUUAUAAAAUAUGCUCGCUGACAAACACACCACCAACCAAAAGAUCCCCGUUGGCGACGCGUGCUCGUUACCAAGAAGAAUGUUCAAGAAGAUGGUGAUAAUUUUAUUCGUGACGCCCACCAGAGUAUAGGCAGUAGCGG